UCUACACUAAACUGCAGUAAAAUUCAAUUAUCUUAAUUAAAAACUAAUUUUUCUAGCUUACAAAGAUUGAAAAAAAAAACAGCAAGAGCAAUGCAGUAACAAAUCAAAAUGGCGUACAUGCCAUAUUGGCAACGCCUCUCAAGGAUAACGCAAGCAAAAACAGCCCCUCACACAGUACAUUGCACGCUAUGAGCACACACGUUCCAAUCUCAAAUCGUUUCUUGUAGAGCAAAUUGCUGUUUCACAUUGGUAUGAGUGCGUUUGGUGCGCUGUGAGAACACACCCACACAACGAAAGUCAUACAGGCGCACUUUCCACACAACACUGCUGCGCGCUCAUUCACCAAUUCCACCAACAAUCAUUCAUACGUGUGCAGCGCGCAAACCAAUCCAACUACAGCGGCGGACAGGAAAUGCUUGCUCAAAAAAUGCGCUUUUGACUUUUUUGUAUCAGUUCUUUUGGAACCACAAAACGGCGCGGUAGCUUUGCAGGCGUUAUGCGGUACAGUGUGUGAAAAAAUAUUAUUGAUUACAAGAUUUUUAGAAUAAUUUCCAAGAAAAUGUGUGAAGUGAAAUUAUAAAAAAAUAAAAUAAAAAUUUUAAAUAAAUAUCAAAUAUUGUUGGAGUGCCCACAAAUCAACAUCAAAAACAAUUAACUAAGCUACAUAUAUGUUUACGAAAAAAAAUAUUCAUAAAUAUUUUGAAAAAAAGUUUUAGUGUUUACAAAUUACAUACAUUCAUAGUGUGCGCCUAAACGCUGCACAGUGUUGUUCAAUGUUUGACAAGAAUAUGGAUACAACGCUUUCAUCAUCGUUACACGUUGGUGAUAUUGAUUCGACAAGUUCCGGCGGCACAUCCUCAGACAAUUCAACAGUUAUGCAGGAUAAUAUACAUUCACCUGUGCAAUAUGGUAGUCUUUAUAUACCUAAUUCAAACUAUCGCGGCAAUAUCUCCUGCAAAACUGUGUUACACUUCGAUAAGUUCCCCGCCUACGCGACUGAUAAAGAUAUCGAACGAAGAUUCUGCGAUAUAAGCAUCGAUUAUGACAAAUCACCACCGCCCACCGCAGCGGGUUCACCACUCUAUCCUGCGCUGAAUGGCGUUAUAUAUGAAAAUGGUGUUGGUGAUCACAAUGGUAAUACAAAAACAGCGCUCAACAGCGGUGCAGUGGGUUUAAGUGGCGGAAGUCAAUUGAUUUCCGGUAUAACAACAACACAUGGCUUAACAGGUGGUUUUCAAUUGGAUCGCAAAUUCUUGCAAUUCACCACAGAUCAGAUCCAAUGCAUGUGUGAAGCACUGCAACAAAAGGGUGAUAUCGAGAAGUUAACCACAUUUCUGUGUAGCCUACCCGCCAGUGAACUUUUCAAAACAAACGAGAGCGUGUUACGUGCACGUGCGCUCGUUGCCUAUCAUCGUGGGCAGUUUCAUGAACUCUACAAUCUCCUGGAAACACAUUGUUUCUCAGUGAAAUAUCAUGUUGACUUACAGAAUCUGUGGUUUCAAGCGCACUACAAGGAAGCGGAGAAAGUGCGCGGACGUCCAUUGGGCGCGGUCGAUAAAUAUCGUCUGCGUAAAAAAUAUCCUUUACCGAAAACCAUUUGGGAUGGUGAGGAAACUGUUUACUGCUUCAAGGAGAAAAGUCGAAAUGCUUUAAAAGAUUGCUAUAUGACAAAUCGUUAUCCCACGCCGGAUGAGAAGAAAACGUUAUCGGAGAAGACAGGUCUAACGCUGACGCAAGUGUCGAAUUGGUUCAAAAAUCGAAGGCAGCGCGAUCGAACACCACAGCAAAGACCUGAUAUCAUGUCUGUCCUGCCUGUACAACAAUUGGAUGCCAAUGGUUUUCCCCGUAUGUUCAAUGCGCCCAGUUACUAUCCGGAAUCAAUUUUUAACACACAAUAGCAUAAGAUCUUACAAUUCUAAGAGACUACGUUGUUUUCAUAAGAAAACGUACGCAAGUUAAAAUUAAUAAUUAAAAAAAAAAAAUCGCUGUAAAUAUAUUAUUAUAAUAAAAGUCCAUUGAAAAUGGCAAAUUAGCAUAAAUUGUUUCUAGUUUUAAGUUAGUGCUUAAGAAAUGAAAAUGAAAUAUGUAUGUUUGCUUGUUUGUGGAGAAUUUUAAAUCAUGGCAAUACAAUUAAAAAUAUAAAGAAGAGAAAGAAAAAUGUUGAUUUUAUUUAAAAAGAAGAAAAUGGAAAGAUUUUGCAGCCCAGCUCAUUACGCUGUCGUCUAUAUAUGAAAAAGAACAGUACAGAACUAUUAAUUUAACAGACCCUCAAAAUCAACUUAUUUUCAAUGGAGCAACCCCUUUAGAAUCGGAACGAUUCAUAUACCUCGCAGCAACAUUGAAUACAACGAGUUAUGGCCUUAAUCAUGUUGAACUCAAAAUCCAACACCAAGAUCCGUUUGCCAUCGCUAUAAAAGGCAUUAUUCAUCAUUCUAACUCAUCCGACAUACACAUGACUUUUGGAACCAAGGCUGCAACUAUUUAAUAUGCAAAAGCAGGAUCGGCAUUCAUUACAAGGAUUAACGUGCAAUCCCUUCCUAUUCUAUACCCAAUUCUAUAUGCACCUCUGACAGCGCUGUGCUUAGUAUUUUCUACCAUAAAGGGUAUACAAUUCUAAUUAAAGCAACUCUGCACAUAUUCUAAACAGAACUGGUAAAAUGUCAUCACGUGACGUUUUCCUAAUUUGACAGCUGAGAAUGAAGAAAAAGCUGAUAAAAGAAACAUCAAAAAUCAUUGGCCGGUGAAAUUUGUUCAAGAAACUACAAAUAAAUUAUAAUAAAGUUAUUUGUUUAUUACAAAAAAAAUGGCCAACAAAAAGGGUAAUAAUGGUGGUGGACGCACACAACAA